UAUGACAGGUUUUGUGGUCCAGGGUCACAUUUUCACUAGUAAGUAUGAGUUUUCCCCUUAGUAAACUUACUGCUGUUUAUUGAUAGAAAGUAAAGUAAAUGUUGUAGUAGUUACGUUUAGUCAUGGGGUAGAGUUAAAGGAUGUAGAAGUCUUUAAUAUUUGCUUCGUAAGUACUAAUAAAUAGCCAAGAGCCAACUGGAAUCCGGACUCAGAAGAGUGCAUGGCUUCUGUCUCCCACACGAUGGCAGCACUGCGCAGAAGAACGGCUCGUGUAUUCCAGACUGAUUCUCUCAAGGAUGUGAACCUUUCCUUCCUGUUUCUGCAAUACAGGCAGCAAAACCCCCGCAUAGUGGGCUGCAGCAGACAUCUAUCAGGCCUCAAUAAUGGCUGUGUUCUUAGUCUUAGCGUUACAAAUUCGCUUAGCUCUUAGCUCCAGUCGCGCCAGAUGCGUGAUUGAAUUCAUUUAGCAUCCAUUAUUUUAGACAUUUUAUUUAUUGUCUCUGCACAGCAUCAGGAACACGCGCUGUUCUCCGGCAAUUGUUCCCACCGUAUUCUCAUGGCGGAGACUAAAAUCAUUUACCAUAUAGACGAGGAGGAAACUCCUUAUCUGGUGAAACUGUCAGUAGCUCCAGAGAAGGUAACUUUGGCAGAUUUCAAAAAUGUCCUCAGCAACCGACCGGUCAACAGCUACAAAUUCUUCUUUAAAUCUAUGGAUCAAGAUUUUGGGGUUGUCAAAGAAGAAGUCUCCGACGAUAAUGCCAAACUGCCUUGUUUCAACGGGAGAGUGGUGUCAUGGCUUGUAUUGGCCGAGAGCUCCCACACAGAUGGGAUGUCGGUGUGCACUGACAGUCAUACAGAGCUGCCUCCACCACUGGAGAGGACGGGAGGCAUCGGAGACUCUAGACCCCCCUCAUUCCAUGCUAAUGCCGUGAACAGCCGAGACGGGAUGGACACAGAAACUGGAAGCGAGUCUGUUCUCCGUCACCGUCGAGAGAGGGAACGAGAAAGGACCAGACGGAGGAGAGAUGAAUUCCCACGUGUGAACGGUCACUCUAAAGCCGAGCGGGUGGUGAGGGACAAGGCCAUGGCCUGUGACAGCGGCUCUAUGAUGAGCAGUGAGCUGGAGUCAAGCUCCUUCAUCGACAGCGAGGAGGAUGAGAAUGCUAGCAGGCUGAGCAGUUCCACAGAGCAGAGCUCUUCUUUUCAGUUAAUGAAGAGACAUAAGCGCAGGCGCCGGCGACACAAAGUGGCAAAAAUCGACAGGUCCUCUUCCUUCAGCAGUAUCACAGAUUCAACCAUGAGCCUCAACAUCAUCACAGUUACUCUUAAUAUGGAGAAAUAUAACUUUCUCGGCAUCAGUAUAGUGGGCCAAAGUAACGAUAGAGGAGAUGGUGGCAUCUACAUCGGCUCUAUAAUGAAGGGAGGAGCGGUGGCAGCAGAUGGCAGGAUAGAGCCAGGCGACAUGCUGCUGCAGGUAAAUGACGUGAACUUCGAAAACAUGAGCAAUGAUGAUGCAGUCAGGAUCCUCAGAGAGAUUGUCUCAAAGAAUGGGCCCAUCAGUCUCACUGUUGCCAAAUGCUGGGACCCUUCCCCUCGCAGUUACUUCACGAUACCCAGAGCUGAACCAGUUCGACCUAUUGACCCGGCAGCAUGGAUUUCCCACACUACUGCACUUACAGGAUCUUACCCACAAAACGAGUUUGACGAUCUCCCUCUUACAGUGGGAAAGACGGACAUGGCCACUAUUGUAAAGGUGAUGCAGCUCCCAGACUCAGGACUAGAAAUAAGGGACAGAAUGUGGCUGAAGAUUACUAUAGCUAAUGCUGUUAUAGGAGGUGAUGUAGUAGACUGGCUCUACUCACGGGUCGAGGGAUUCAAAGACCGACGGGAUGCCAGAAAAUAUGCCAGCAAUCUGCUCAAGCAUGGCUAUCUCAGACACACUGUCAACAAGAUCACCUUCUCUGAACAGUGCUACUACACAUUUGGAGAUCUCUGCCAAAAUAUGGCUACACUAAACUUGAAUGAGGGAUCGAGUGGUGCUGGUUCAGAGCAGGACACAUUGGCCCCUCUCCCCCCUCCGUCCACUAACCCGUGGCCCAUGGGCGGCCAGCCCUUUCCCUACCCACCCUUCUCCACACCACCCUCUGGUUUCCCCCCAGGAUAUUCGGACCCCUGUCACAGUUUCCACAGUGGCAGCGCAGGAAGUCAUCACAGUGAGGGAAGUCGAAGCAGUAGUUCCAACCCUAGCGCUGGGAGGAGCCAGCGACCUGUUCUGAGGGACAAGGACCGUAAAUCAGCAGGCAGCGGUGGCAGCGAAUCGCAUUCAGGCAAGCAAGCAGGUGGGAGGCGGGUUGAACGUUCAGCCAGCCAGCUGAGCCACUGGAGUCAUGCUCUCUCAUCUCGCAGCUACACUCAUUCCCGUGUCCCGUCCCAGCACAGCCGCACGUCCUUCUCCUACAGUCACGCUCCCUUUUCCAAGUACGGCCACACCUCUUGUGCACUCAGCGAACGGAGCCACGCUUCCUCUUACGGACCCCCAGGCCUGCCUCCUCCCUACAGCCUGGCCAGAUUGACCCCUAAGGGGGCUAUCAGCAGUGGGCCCCCAGGGGCCCCUCCAGUGAGGGAAAUAGGGGCCAUACUACCUGAACUCACCGCCAGUCGCCAGUCAUUCCAGCAUGCCAUGGGCAACCCUUGUGAGUUUUUUGUGGAUAUAAUGUAAUUAGAUGAAUAAAUAAUAAAUAACAGUAGAGAAAUCUCACAGGACGAGAGCCAUGAAUACAUAAUCAACUUUUACCAACAGCACAUGUGGCCUUGCUGUAGUUGCAAGUUUCUGUGGAAGGUUGAGGAACAAAUGUGUUUAGAUUAAUUGUGUGUUUAGCAGAGGGCAAAUAGCCUUACUCACUACUGUUCAAAAGUUUGGCAGUCGGUAAGAUUUUAAUAUUUUUGAAAAACAUCUCUGCAUUUAUUUGAUCAAAAAUACAGUAAAAACUGUAAUAUUGUGAAAUAGUUUUACAAAUUUAAAUAACAGUUUUUUUAUUAUAUAUUUUCAAAUAUAAUUUAUUUCUGUGAUGGCAAAAUGAAUUUUUAGCCAUCAUUUCUUCUUAUGAAUGUUGAAAACACUUGUGGAAAAUGUGGUACGUUUUCUUUUUCUUUUUCAGGAUUCUUUGAUGAAUAUAAAAUUACAUAAACACCAUUCAUUCGGAAUAUAAAUCUUUUGUAACAUUUUAAAUGUUUUUACGGUCUCUUCAAAAAAAUAAAAAUAAAAAAAAUAAAAAUAAUAAUAUAUACUGACCCAAACGUUUAAACAGCAGUGUACUUCCAAAAGUAUAGCAACAAAAAAAGAGCAUAUCACCUAUUUUAUUGCUUAUUUCUGUCACCAUUAAAGCUGCAGUAGGUAACUUUUGUAAAAAUAUAUUUUUUACAUAUUUGUUAAACCUGUCAUUAUGUCCUGACAGUAGAAUAUGAGACAAAUA